AUGACCCUUCAGACACGUAGAGACAAGUACGAUACAAGUCAGCUGACGCUCUCGUCGUUAGUUGCGCUGUGCGCGGAUUGUUCGAGCUUUUGUUUGGAAAGGACCGCGAGAGUUCUGGACAAUCAAAGCCGCGCACCAAAAGGAUGGGAAAAUCAGUUUGCGGCGGUUGCCAAACAACGUCGACAAGAGGACUGUGAACUUUGCGAACGUUACUGCCAUCGGGUUUCAUCUGUUUGCCCUGCCUCGAAGGAUAUCGAACGUUUUGAGGCUUUGGGAUAUAAGGAGGUAGCACGAAGGACUUCCUUAGAUGGAUUACCCACGGUUCAGCAGAUGUCUAGGUGCGAGAACGCUGUUUCGGAGUUCUCAAGAGUUCUUUUUUCACUUGCGCACAAGCCUAGUAAGGUGGCAUUUGAAGAUGUUGACCCGAAAAGUGGCUUGAAAAAAAGUGAGGAAGGUGGUGAUGGUGAGCCAACCGAGCUUCAUAAAAAGGUACUUAGUGGUGGAUCAAUAGAUGAUGCCAUCCUGCAGCGUUGGAGCACUGCUAGGAAGGGACGAGCCGAAAUGGAGGAGAUGGGAGUGCUUCGAAGUGCGGAAGAGACCGCAUCGCUCAGGCAGGAACUUGGGCGUCAGAGGUCCGAAGAGUACACUAAGACAGGGGGGACGACUCCGAAGUGGUGA